AGCGUCGCUUUCCGCUUCCAUGGACGUCGGGCAGCGUUGACCUAUGGAGGGUCGGGGUGUGCCUCCCGGGCCUUAUCGGGCCACCAAGCUGUGGAAUGAAGUCACUACAUCUUUUCGAGCAGGAAUGCCUCUAAGAAAACAUAGGCAACACUUUAAAAAAUAUGGCAAUUGUUUCACAGCAGGAGAAGCAGUGGAUUGGCUUUGUGACCUAUUAAGAAAUAAUAGUAAUUUUGGUCCUGAAGUUACAAGACAACAAACUAUUCAACUGUUGAGAAAAUUUCUGAAGAAUCAUGUAAUUGAAGAUAUCAAAGGUAGAUGGGGAUCAGAAAACUUUGAUGACAACAAUCAGCUAUUCAGAUUUCCUGCAACUUCACCACUUAAAACUCUUCCACGAAGACAUCCAGAAUUGAGGAAAAACAGCAUAGAAAACUUUACAAAAGAUAAAGAUAGUGUUUUUAAAUUAAGAAAUUUAUCUCGUAGAACUCCUAAGAAGCCUGGAUUACAUUUCUCUCAGGAAAAUGCAGAGAAAAGGAAUCAUGAAAUAAUCAUUGAAGAUCAAGAAAACUCAAUUGAUAAGAGAGAAAUAAGCCAGGAAGAUAUUGAAGAAGUUUGGAGAUAUAUUAUUCUGAUCUACCUGCAAACCAUUUUAGGUGUGCCAUCCCUAGAAGAACUGAUAAAUCCAAGCCAAGUAAUUCCUCAAUAUAUAAUGUAUAACAUGACCAAUACCAGUAAGCAUGGAGUAGUUGUACUACAAGACAAAUCAGAUGACCUUCCUCACUGGGUAUUAUCUGCCAUGAAGUGCCUAGCAAAUUGGCCAAGAAGUAAUGAUACAAAUAACCCAACUUAUGUUGGAUUUGAGCGAGAUGUAUUCAGAACAAUCGCAGAUUAUUUUCUAGAUCUCCCUGAACCUCUACUUACAUUUGAAUAUUAUGAAUUAUUUGUGAACAUUUUGGUUGUUUGUGGCUACGUCACAGUUUCAGAUAGACCCAGUGGGAUACAUAAAAUCCAAGAUGAUCCAGAGACUUCAAAAAAAACCCUUCACUUAAACAAUCUGAAUUCCUUCAAAUCAACUGAAUGUCUUCUUCUUAGUCUGCUUCACAAAGACAAAAACAAAGAAGAAUCAGACUCUACUGAGAAACUACAGAUAAGUGAUCAAGGAUUUCAAGAAAGAUGUGCUAAGAAAUUGCAGCUAGUUAAUUUAAGAAACAGAAGAGCCAGUGCCAAUGACAUAAUGGGAGGAAGUUGUCAUAAUUUAAUAGGCUUAAGUAGUAUGCAUGUUCUGGCCUCUAACAUCAAACCAAGGUGCUCUUCUUUGGAGGGAAUUAUAGAUAUUCCUGAGAAUUCAAAUAAAAAGGUGUCUAGUACCUUCCAUCAAUCUGUUAAGAACAUAGAAGGACAAAAUAAUAAACAAUUUUUAGAGUCAGAGCUGAACCAGGAAUUUUUAUUGAAUCUUCAUUCAGAGGAAAGUGUUCAAAAACCACUCUGUGUUGGGUUUAAGAGAACUUCUACAUUGACUAUUCAAGACCAAGAAGAAUUAUGUAACGGAAAAUGCAAGUCAAAACAACUUUGUAGAUCUCAGAGUUUACUUUUAAGAAGUAGUACAAGACGGAGUAGUUAUAUCAAUACACCAGUGGCUGAAAUUAUCAUGAAACCAAAUCUUGGAAAAGGGAGCACAAGUGUGCAAGCAGCUAUGGACAGUGAACUCGGAGAGUCUAGUACCACAAUCAAUAAAAGACUUUGCAAAAGUACAAUAGAACUUUCAGAAAAUCCUUUACUUCCAGCUUCUUCUGUGUUGACUGGCACGCAAAGUUUGCUGCAACCUCAUUUAGAGAGAGUUGCCAUCAAUGCACUGCAGUUAUGUUGUUUGUUACUUCCCCCACCAAAUCGUAGACGGCUUCAACUUUUAAUGCGCAUGAUUUCUCGAAUGAGUCAAAAUGUUGAUAUGCCCAAACUCCAUGAUGUAAUGGGUACAAGAUCACUGAUGAUACACACUUUUUCUCGGUGUGUGCUGUGCUGUGCCGAAGAAGUGGAUCUUGAUGAGCUUCUUGCUGCAAGAUUAGUUUCUUUCUUAAUGGAUCAUCAUCAGGAAAUUCUUCAAGUACCUUCUUACUUACAGACUGCAGUAGAGAAACAUCUUGACUACUUAAAAAAGGGCCACGUUAAAAAUCCUGGAGAUGGACUAUUUGCUCCUUUGCCAACUUAUUCUUAUUGUAAACAAAUUAGUGCUCAGGAGUUUGAUGAACAAAAGGUUUCUACCUCUCAAGCAGCAAUUGCAGAACUUUUAGAGAAUAUUAUUAAAAAUAAGAGUUUGCCUCUAAAAGAGAAAAGAAGAAAACUAAAACAGUUUCAGAAGGAAUAUCCUUUGAUAUAUCAGAAAAGAUUUCCAACCACAGAGAGUGAAGCAGCACUUUUUGGUGAGAAACCUACAAUCAAGCAACCAAUGUUGAUGUUAAGAAAACCAAAGUUUCGUAGUCUAAGAUACUAACUAAAUUAAGAAUUAUCUAAUACUUGUCAAACUUUGAUAAAUGAAGCCAUAUCUGUGAAUCUAGCUAUUAAAAUGGGAUUCUCUWAUUAGUCAAGUUUCUCUUAUGUAAACACAUGAUGUGAGGA